AUGAGGUUGAAGUUGGUGGGGCGUGUGCUGUCCACAGCAGGCGUGAUGCAGAAGACGGCAAAAGUGGAGGUGAUCCGAUUCGUCAAACACCCUCGUGUGGAAAAGAUGGUGCGACAGAGGAAGGUGUACAUGGUGCACGACGAGUCAAACAGUCGGAUGCCCGGCGACGUUGUGCGUAUUGAGGAGUGCCGUCCAUUGAGCAAGCGGAAACGGUUCACCAUCACAGACAUUCUCCGCGAGGAGCAGCGGCUAUUCAACCCCAUCACCAACCGCACAGAGACCAAGUACAGCCCGCCCGCGUGA